GCGGUAGGUGGCGGAGGCUGUGACGAGUUGUUCACUCGAGACCUGACGUCAUCACUUAAACUGCUUGUGACGUCCGAACGAAUGACUCGUCCAGAGACGGCGAUCCGGGGGGAAUGGAUGGCCCUCUCGACGUCGACGGGGCCCCCCAGCGCCGGUCGGACGGGACGGGAUCGAUGCACGCUGCUGCUAUGCUACUCUCUCUAUGUCUGGCAGGUCGGCAGGCUAAGGCGCUCAACGAGGCUCUAGGCCCUGGCCGCGGCCGGCCCGCCCGGCUGUGCGCAGUGCCCGUCUGGUGUUCGAACAAAUGCCUCAGCGGCCAGCGGGGCGCCGGCAGCGGAGCCGACCGUACUAGCGACUGUGCCAGUGCUGCUAGCUAGCUACUCUACCUACCUAGCGUGGCCAGUGCCCUGGUGGUGGAGAAGAGCCAAGACACUCGAGGCGCCAGGGGGGAGGUCGGAGGUGACUUCGCCGGAGCCAAGUGGAUGAUGAUGGUAGUACGUUCCGGCUUUCUGCGAUGAUGGUUUGUCAAGCAGUUAACACACCCUCUCCGGCUUGCCAUCGCUGUCCACAGAUUCCGUUUCACUGCCUCCUGGUACCAUACCAGGUAUUCUACUGGCUAAUUCCUGCUUAUCUAUGCGUUCCAAACCAAAUUACUUAUUCAGCAGCCCAGCUCGAUGCCGGGGUAUUUAACUGUUGAGGUGCGUGUUUGUUCAUUACUUUUGGAGUAACUCCAAAGUGGCCAUGAGGAGAUCAUACAUUCCCUUGUUUAAUCUGGAUGCCGACUGUUUCUUGAUAUGACUGGGACCAACUCCAACCAAAUGAGCUAUCAGAUGAUGAUAGCCUCACCAUUGCUGUGGGGUCUUAGCUUGUUUCUUUCCUUUGUUUAGCUGACUUCACCGGCCUCCCCCUCUCUUUGUGUUCACUGUCCACACACCGUUCACACCAUUACUAACCCUGGGAGAGCUCAGCUAUCUGUGAAGCACACAAGGUGUCCCUCACUAGUCUGAGCAGCAGCCGUCGCUAUGGAUACAAGCUCAAAGCCGCAACCUCAGCUCGGCUAACGGGGCAGCCAUUCCAAGCGAGCAACUGAGCAAUGCAAAGCUUUCCCAUUUCAGUUAAUCUUACUAGUUGCCCUGAUCUGGGCACAUGCUCAAACCUGCAACCUCGGCUAGGGGCUGAUGUAUGAUUGCUCAUUAAGUGUGACUGUGUGUAUGUGAGGAGCAUUGCAUCGCCGCUUUCCCGUUUCAGCAGUCAGAUCUAGGUAUUCAGAGAAAACAAAGGGAAAUAUCUGGACCACCAUUUUGGUUAUCGCUCUGGAUACAAGCUCACUUGCAACCGUUUAUGGCGAAUGCGGGCAGCCUUCCCGUGUGACUGACCAUUGCAAUGCUUUCCAUGCCAGAACCAUCCUUGAAUUAUCUCUGAAUCCUUCAGAUAUCUUCUCCAUCCAAGAAACUGUUAACCGAUGCUCCAGAUGUAGGAAUAGAAAGCAACUGAAAGCCUGAGACUUGCAAUUUCACCACAUGGCAGACAGCGAAACACCCAAUGCCGCAUCCAGCGGAAAUUUAUUACCCCCUAGCCAUGAAUCCAGCUCCAGGAUCAAUGAUGCUUUUGAGCUCUUGUGGGGACAUCGUAAAUAUUUGGUACUGCUUGGAGUCCUAGCAGUUGGUGUGACAUACAAUGCUGGAUUAACACCACCAGGGGGAUCGUGGAUACUAAACAAGGAUGGUCAUGAUGCCGGUGACCCUGUCAUGCAUGAUGGCUUUUCUGAAUGAUAUGAGGUGUGCUUUUACUGCAAUGCAGCAGCCUUCGCUGCAUCUCUUGUUUUAAUCAUCUUGCUUCUCAGUAAGAGUGUGACAAAUCAGAGGAUGUGGCUCCAUUCAAUGCAAUUAACCAUGACACUGGACCUAUUCAGCCUGCUGGGGGCUUAUGCUGCUGGAAGUUGCAGGACACUCAAGUCAUCCAUUUACAUCUUGGUUCUAGUCCUUGCUGUUAUCAUAUAUGUUGGGAUCCGUACCCUAGUAUCCACAAGGUUUAUUCCAAGAGAAUUGAAACAGAAUCUGCAGACAAUGAUAAAUAGUGUUCUAAACCAACAGAGUUCCCUUGGCAGGCAAGAGAGCAUCCCUCUAGAGACAGCCGUUGAGGAGGCUCGUAAGUUCAUUUUGACGCUUGUAAUUUUUGCUGCUACUAUCACAUACCAAGCAGGAUUGAAUCCACCGGGCGGCUUUUGGGCUGAAAAUGACCAUGGUUCUAAUAAAGUGCAUAUGGCCUUUCCUCCUUACAAGCAUCAUCCGAGUACUUCUGUUCUCCGGAGUAACUACCUUGGUCGUUAUAAUAUAUUCAUCAUUUCCAAUUCAACUUCCUUCGUGGCAUCUUUGGUCAUAAUCAUACUGCUUCUGAGCCCAAAACUGAGUGGACAUGGAAUAAGGACCAAAGCAGUGAUUGUAUGUGUGUUAGUGGACCUACUGUGCCUAAUUGUUGCGUAUGCUGCAGGAUGCUGUAGAGACUUAGCAACAUCAUUCUUUGUGGUGUCUAUUUUCUUCAUAGUUUGGAUCUCCUUUGCAAUUUUAGCUGGAUUCUUUGUUCAAGGACCUGUAGCAAAUUGGCUACAAAAGGUCAAAUCAAGCAGCCUGUGUUGUGUGAAAAAAAUGGGCUGUGCACUUUUGUUGAGCUUUCGUGACCACAGAUCGAUCAAUGCAGAGCAGGGGAAUUCUGUGCCAAGGAAUCAUCAAUCUCCAGCCCGUUCAUCUGAUGCACCUGCAGAAGAUAAUACCCCUGAGCAACAAGACCAGCCUGCAGACAAUCAUCAACAUUCAAAUAUCAGACAGGGUGAAUUCCAUGAGUUGCAUGCACCUCCAGAAAAAAAGUCAAAUUUCAGAUGUUCAAGAGGCUGUGUCUAACACACAGCAUCCGUCAGGGAACAGCCAGCAAUCAGCAUAUAUUCAGGAGGUUGUGUCCAACCCGGAUUGCUAGUCUCCAGAUGUCCAGCGUGUUGCGAACAUGGAGGAGGAUGUGUCCAGCUCACAACAUCCUGCAGGGAAUUGUUAACGAACAGAACAUGCCAAGGAUGUUGUGUCUAACAUGGAGUACCCAUUACUAAGCCACCAGCAAACUGAAAAUAGCAUGUGCGGUAUGUCCGCUAACCAGAAAGUUGCAAGUAUGGGGAAGCAAUCUUCACCUGAUGAUCCCGACAUGACUGCCCUUUCAGUUGAGCAAAAUAUGUCAGUCGGGCAGAGUGAUGGAGACACUAGUAGUGACAUAGUGGAUGAAGGGCUCUCUGCACCUGUGGAAGCCACUGGCAAUGCAGACUCUGCUGAACAAAACAAUCUGGUUGAAGAUAAUAGCCCUGAGAUUCGUGGCAGUCAUGACCUGUCACGCCCAAUAUGCGGCUAUACUCCAUACGUGUCGAGGCACGACUUGGGGCAUAAGCGCAUAUUGGUAUGAUCGCAAGAUUGGUUGUAUCUUUGUUCAUCUCAUGUACUGAAUAGAUAGAAUACGAGCUUUGACUUACAACCGCCACAAUGUCACACAAAUAUCAUCAAGUUAUACAAUCAUUCAAGAUGAA